UAGGGGUGGAAGACAACUGCUAGUCAGAAUAACAAGGUCAUAUCGCUGUAUUCUUGUCCAGAUGGAGCCAGAGCUAACCUUCCUGUCUCCAUAUUUGGAGUGUGACAUAAACAUGGCACGCCUUCCAAAAUGGUAUAAGUACCCAAGGCCAGAGACUCCUCAGAACUGAUGCUGCUGACAUCACUGUGUUGCUCGCUGUAUCAUUUCUCCUGAUAUCAGUGAACCUUAUUGUCAACAUCUGAGUCUCCAGAGUGUCUCUGAGUCUGCCUCUUGAUUCUUCUUCUGACAUCGCAGAAUUCCCGAACACCAACGAGCUGAAGUUUGUCUGAAUCAUGGCCAGCUUCCCUCUGAUGCUGAUGGCAGCGUGUCUGCUCAUGACUUCAGAACCUGGAAGCUGUUAUGAAUAUCACUCCGUGACGUGUGAAGGUUCUGAGGCUCAUCUGAACUGUGGUCAAGGACAUGUUAUCUCCGUCCUCAGGGCUGUAUAUGGACGCCAAGACAAAAUCACGUGUUCCUAUGGACGUCCGGCCUCUCAGAUCCAGAAUGACCACUGCUCACGACUCUCUGGAAAAGUAGCUGAACGCUGUAACGGGAGAAUGUCCUGUUCCAUCAAAGCCAGCAACUCAGAGUUUGGAGACCCCUGUAGGGGAACCUACAAGUACCUGGAUGUGACUUACACCUGUGAAGAACCUGGAGACGAUUCCCAUGAAGUUCGCUCUGUGACCUGUGAGAACUCUGUGGCUUACCUGAAGUGUGGUCAAGGACUUGUUAUCUCCGUCCUCUGGGCUGAUUAUGGACGCCACGACAGAACCACAUGUUCCUCUGGACGUCCGGCCUCUCAGAUCCAGAACGUCCACUGCUCACGGCCCACUGGAAAAGUAGCUGAACGCUGUAACGGGAGAAUGUCCUGUUCCAUCAAAGCCAGCAACUCAGAGUUUGGAGACCCCUGUAGGGGAACCUACAAGUACCUGGAUGUGACUUACACCUGUGAAGAACCUGGAGACGAUUCCCAUGAAGUUCACUCUGUGACCUGUGAGGGCUCUGUGGCUUACCUGACGUGUGAUCAAGGACUCGUUAUCUCCGUCCUCAGGGCUGAUUAUGGACGCCACGACAGAACCACAUGUUCCUCUGGACGUCCGGCCCAUCAGAUCCAGAACGUCCACUGCUCACGGCUGUCUGGAAAAGUAGCUGAACGCUGUAAUGGGAAACGUGACUGUUCCAUCAAAGCCAACAACUCAGAGUUUGGAGACCCCUGCAGGGGAACCUACAAGUAUCUGGAAGUGACUUACACCUGUGAAGCUCCUGUGAUUGGAUAAAAGCCUAAAGUCAAACAUCACAGUGUACCAUCUGAGCUCUGGAUGAAACAUAUACUAAAGCAGAAAUCAGCAAAAAACAAACAAACAAAAAAAAAACAAUAAUUCAAAUGGUAAAUAAAUGACCAAAAGUAUCUGGACAGCUCAAGCUAGAUCAGGCUGGUCAACUGUCCACAUAUGGCCAGCACAUUUGGCCACAUAGUUACCGCAGGUUCAAGAUUCCUGUUCCUUCCUGAUUGAAUGUCUUUAUCAGCUUUUUUCUGUUAUUUCAUCAUAUUCUUCUGUACCUGUAUCUUCAUUAUGCUAAUAAAUACAUAUACCUGGCAUCAA